AUGGCCACGAUUCCGCCCGAGAAAGCCCCAAAGCCGGGUCUAAAUGUUUAUGGCUACGCAUCUGUCAACCCCUACAAGUUGACUAUCGCGGCCGAGGAACUCAACAUACCGUAUAACUAUAUCAACAUUGAUAUGCCUGCAGGGGAAGCCCAAGCCGAGUGGUAUAAGUCCAUCAACCCAAACGGCCGUCUACCCGCACUUGUCCACAACAAGGAGGAUGGCGCCACUGUGACUGUCUUUGAGAGCGCCGCCUGUUUGCUCUACCUCGUUAGCGAGUUUGACAAGGAUAACAAAAUCUCAUACCCCGUCGGCACGCCCGGGUACUGGCCGCAGCUAUCCUGGCUCUCCUGGCAGGUUGCUGGUUUCGGCCCUAUGAUGGGCCAAGCAUGCUUUUUCAACCGGUAUACAACCGAACCAGUGCCGUAUGCUUCCUGGCGCUACACGUCUGAAGCCCGAAGACUUCAUACUGUGUUGGACAGACAGCUGUCCGCUACCCCAUUUGUGGGGGGGGACCGCUUGACGGUUGCCGAUAUCGCCAUCUUCAUUUUUGCCCACUCCGGUAAGUGGUGCGGCGUUGACAUCAACGAAUUCCCCAACGUUAAGGCGUGGCGUGAUAAACUCAUCCAACGACCCGCCUUUCAGAAGGGGCUGCAGAUUCCCGUACCGUACCCGUACAGUGACGAGGCAGUUUCGAGUCCUAACGGUCAGGACUUCUAUACCAACCUGCGAAAGUACGGUGGCCAGAUGAUCAAAGGAGCGACGGAACAGUGGAAGGGCGACGUCGUACCGGUCCCUUCCGACCAUGCAAAUCUUUAG